AUGAUUGAUUUGAAUGAUUUAGUUGAUGAAAGAGCCUUUGGUAACGAUGUCCAAUCUUUACAAGCAGCAAAUGAAUACCUCGAACGUUUACUCUUCGCUACAGCCAGGAAGCAUAAUCAAGUAUGGGAAGAACUAGAAUCAAUGAAGGAAGCCUCUGGCAUUUACGACAAAUCAUUACCAUUUCUCUCAUUUCCCCGGGAAGUCCGCGAUCAAAUAUAUAAAUACGCUCUCCAAGCAACUCGCGAAGCAUUCGUUGGAGUUCGACAUAUUAGAAUGCUAUCCUGCGACACAUUCCCAGAUUCAACACAUUACCCAUUCAAACCUCCUACACCUGGUUUGCUUCUAGUCAACAAACAAAUAUACGAAGAAGCAGUACAAGUCUUAUACUCCUGCAACAAUUUCUCCUUCCACAGACCGAGGGAACUUUUCGAUUUCCAAAACCAAGUCGGAGUGUACAAUUGUAGGCUGGUACGACAAAUGAAGAUAUCCGUUGUGUUCGAAGACGAAUCUACGCAUCUACCUUCGGAAUAUGUCGCACCAUGUGACUACGAAAAUAUACCUUCACACUGGGCAAAAGCGUUAUUGGAAUCGAGACUCAUGAGCAAUAUUGUCGGGAUGCAAAUUGACGCCAACAGCGGAUCACAUGAGAUACGUUUGAUGACAAUGCCUCCCUCGUUAUACCGCGCAAUCAUCGCCACAUUUUCGCGGAAUCGAAGCUCGAAGACGGAACCGGAAUUGAUUUUGAAAGGAUUCCAGACGCAGGAAGUGGAUAAAUUUCCUAAACACUGGAAAAAGUCGACGGAACAAUGGUUGAAUGUAGAAUGGGCCUCUAAUGAGCAAGAGCAAGAGUUGGAUGAAUCAGAACCUUUUUGGAAUUCUUCAGAGGCCGAUCAUGCCGAUACGCUUAGUUCAUGGGACGAGAGAGAAGCAUCUGAUAAUGAGGACGGGGGAUCGUUUGAUGAAGAUUCAUCCUAUCUCGGAGGGGGCUCGAGCACUGGAAAAGGAAACGUACCGACUUUAUUCAACGAACUCGGUGAAUUGAUGGGAUCGGAUUACACGGAUUCAGAUACGGAUUCGGACGUCGGCUCGGAAGAUUCGUUUUAUACGGCGGCACCGUGGAAUGAUGUUAAGGAGGUGUUAUUGCAGUUUCGAAGUUUUCAGGAAGCGGGCCAAAGACAGCAAGGAGGUCUUUUGAGCAUUUGA